AUGGCAACAAUACCCGUCACCCGGCUGCCGAACACUUCUAUCGCAGCAAUGAAGUGUCCCCCUGGGACAAAAAUGCACAUCUUGGAUCUUGGAACGCUACAGGUCGACGAGUCAUGGAUUCUUCGAGGCGCCAACGCCAGUGCACUGAGUAACAAGAACCCCAAGAACAAACGUCGCGACUUGAUAGACUUGUCUGCACUGAUUGAGUACCCAGGCGUGGGGCGUACCCUAUUUGAAACGGAAUGUGCUGAGAAUAUCGACGUAGAACUAAAGCAUGCUUGCUGGGCCGUAGCUACCGGUGCAGACUUGGGCGUCCACAUGGGCCAUUAUCUUCUCCUUGAGAGCUUGAACUGGAACACAUUUAAUGACUCUCACCUCGAGAUCUUCCAGGGCAUAUCUCUCCACCAUUUGCCAGGACAUACUCCCGAACUGUGUGGGAUGCAGAUCAACCUGCAAAGAGAUGGCACAUUCAUUUGGACCACAGACCAAUUCCAUGUUGGGGAGAACUACGAGCUUGGGCAUCCACACGGUGCCCUUGCAAGGGAUCAUAAUGCGUGGUACCGAAGCCUAAACACGGUACGGAGACUGCAGCGAAUUUAUAAUGCCAAGUUGAUUUUUGGACAUGAUAAGAUAGUUGCGAUGGAGUACAAGAACGCCAAAAGCUUCUAUCAGUAG